AUGCAGAACAUGUUGGUCAUUAUGGCAUCCCGUUCCGAGUUUGACGACCUGCUCGCCAACGGCAUCACCCCCAUCCAGCAGUUCGAUAGUAACAAGGAGGGCGUGCCGCACGGUCCGGAGAGGGACACGUACUGGUUGUGCUCGAUGCCGUGGGGUGGGCGAAGCCGCUCCGCUGGACCUAGGACCGGGGAGCACGGCUGGAGGCCGGACGACGUGCUCGAGGACCAGUUCUGGGUCGACUUCUCCAACGCGUACCUGACCGAGGCCGCCAAGGCCCCGCAAGGGAGCCGUCGUAGCACGUCGUACUUUGGCUGA